AUGACUACUUUUACAAGCGACAACAUGGAUGCAGAGGCCGAGAUCGCGUUGUUUACCGGUCCAGAUACCAUGGAACUGUUGAACUACACUUCAAACGAGCUAAAUCGCCACUUGCAACUGCAGAGACACGGAGUCCAGUGGCCCCUUGGACCGGUCGCAUUUCGUAUGCCGCCUCGGUUUCCUGGCACAGUGCCUCCAACCAAUACACCACAGGUGACUGCCACAGAUAUACAUAACUCUGUGUACGAACUGCCGACGAGCUCACCUCAACUUUCGAACCAUGUGAACAACGUGGAGAGCGAGCUUCAAACCGGACAGGAUGUCACUCCAGUUUCGCCUGUUGCACGCAGCGAUACCCGCUCAUCCUUUGAGAUCCUAGGAUGUAUGCCACCAGAGAGGCGUGCUACAUCUCAUCCUGGCGUCGGAUCACGUCUGAGCAGACCACCCUCUAGCAUGCCCUACUUUGGACCUGUGGGCGAUGAAGGACAUCUGGGAGAAGAACUCGAUGCUGUUGAACAGGCAGGGGAGCGCGCUGCACCUCGUCCUGAUGCACCAGCCCUUGUUCUCGGAAUCAAGUCACUAGUCCAAUUGGUCGUCGCAGUUUUCCUGUUUGCAGUCAGCUCCUUUUCGACCACUGCCGCAGGAGCCGUAAUCACUGUUUUGCGACAGGUAGGAAAACCUGUGCAUCCUGGUUACGGUGCAUGGUUAGUCCUCAGCAUAAUUGUCUGUGUCUUCAGUACAGCCGGACUGGCCUACAUCCUCCGUGGAUCCGCAUCCUUCAACUGGCGGCCCAGAAGAGUUCGAGUCCCAUGGACCAUCCGCUCUCCUUUUGCCAGAAGACUUCCUGGUGUCCCGUCUCGCAGCCAAUCGCCCGGUCAUCUCCCUCACCCUAAGGAGUUCGAGUUGGAUGACUUGGAGAACCAGCCGCCGCGACCGCCUACUCCAUAUCCUGGACUAAGCAGGCCUAUGCCAGCGCACUCGCCACAGUUUUUCCCACAGGGUCGGCCCCAGACUUUGCCUCUUGGCUUCCCGGUUCCACCUGCUACGGGUGUCAAUCGCAUGGACAGCACAGUCAGCAGGAUGACUACAAUUUCUUUCCAGUCUGCGCCUCGCUCAGUCAGCCCCUUGUCGGACGUACCUCCCACGCCUCCGCCGAAGCCGACUGUCCCUCGUCUUGAGUCGCGGGAGCCUCUGCUUCCACCCACGGCCUCAGGCGGAACUGUGACACAAUCUGAUACCAGAGCGAGCAUCAUGACCACUCUUUGCGAUGCUGUCCAGCUUUCCAACCCUGCCAACGAACCCGGCCAUGUCACUCAGCAUUACAGUCCCUUGAUGACAGGAAGCAGCCCCGCGACCACUGUUACCGGUCGUGAUUCCGGAUCGAUCCAGUCUCCUCGGCCGACUUAUCCAAUUGAGCUUGCAUCACCCUCUCGAGGCAGAGAGUAUCGAGGCAGAGAGUACCGUCGUUAG